AUGUAUCCAACAGAUCGAGGUACCGGGCAUGUUGCCUACCAGUCCAAGGUACGCGUCAUAGAGAGGUACAAGGUCAUUGGCUUCAUUAGCAGCGGAACAUAUGGCCGUGUCUACAAGGCCGUUGGCCGGCAAGGCCAGAAGGGCGAGUUUGCUAUCAAGAAGUUCAAACCCGAUAAGGAGGGCGAGCAAAUCUCGUACACGGGCAUUUCUCAGAGUGCCAUCCGCGAGAUGUCGCUUUGCAGCGAGUUGAAACACCCCAACGUUAUCAGACUCGUCGAGAUCAUCCUGGAGGACAAGUGCAUUUUCAUGGUGUUUGAAUAUGCGGAGCACGACCUUCUCCAAAUUAUCCACCACCACACACAACAACCCCGGCACCCAAUUCCUUCGCAGACCGUCAAAAGCAUCAUGUUCCAGCUGCUGAACGGAUGCCAGUACAUCCACUCCAACUGGGUUCUGCAUCGCGAUCUGAAGCCCGCCAACAUCAUGGUCACUUCGGCUGGGGAGGUCAAGGUUGGCGAUCUGGGCCUUGCCCGCCGCUUUGACAAGCCCUUGCACUCACUCUUCAGCGGUGAUAAGGUCGUCGUCACUAUAUGGUAUCGCGCUCCCGAGCUCAUCCUAGGUUCCAGGCAUUACACGCCUGCCAUUGACAUGUGGGCUGUUGGCUGCAUCUUUGCAGAACUGUUGUCCCUGCGCCCCAUCUUCAAGGGGGAGGAGGCCAAGAUGGACAGCAAGAAGACUGUUCCGUUUCAGCGGAAUCAGAUGCAAAAGAUUGUGGACAUCAUGGGUCUGCCGACCAAAGAGCGCUGGCCGCUAUUAUCUUCCAUGCCAGAGUACGCCCAGCUCGCGACGCUGCAGCCACCCAUGUCCUCUGCACACCAUCACCACCGGAGCCAUCAUCAAAGUCUGCCACAGGGCUCCAACCUUGAAAAGUGGUAUUGGAGUACAGUCAGCCAAGGUGCUGCGAGCAAUGCAUCGCAGGCGUCGCAAUCUUCCGGACCCCUUGUGUCUCUUGGCGUUGAAGGCUUCAAACUUCUCUCGAGUCUGUUGGAGUAUGACCCUCUGGAACGACUUACAGCCGCUAAGGCGCUGCAGCAUCCGUUCUUCAGCACGGGUGACCGACUGACCGCUGGGGCGUUCGAAGGGCUGAAGAAUGAGUACCCUCACAGGAGAGUGAGUCAGGACGACAACGACAUCAGGACGGGUAGUUUGCCGGGCACUAAGAGGAGUGGUCUGCCUGACGAUUCAUUGAGGCCGUCAAAGAGGGCGAAGGAGUGA